ACUUUGUAAGGUACUUCGCUCGAAGGGAACUUGUAGCUACAGGUUUGCUUCAGUUUAAUGACAAGCCACAAAACUUUCGUGCAUGGAAACGUUCUUUUCAGAACGCCACACAAGACAUGAACCUGACACCAAGUGAAGAGAUGGACCAUCUGCUUAGGUGGCUUGGCAAAGAGUCGUCAGAACAUGUUGAACAGAUAAGAGCAAUACACAUAAACCAUCCACAAACGGGAUUGGACAUGAUAUGGGAUAGGCUCGAACGAACAUAUGGCUCAGCAGAAGCAAUAGAAGAUGCUCUCUUCAAACGAGUGGAUGCCUUUCCAAAAAUAGCAAACCGAGAUUAUUCAAAAUUAACAAAAUUGAGUGAUCUUCUGAUGGAACUUGAAUCAGCCAGAGCAGAAGGAGACCUGCCUGGUCUCUCUUUUCUUGACACAGCAAGAGGCAUUAACCCAAUUGUGCAAAAACUUCCAUUUAAUAUGCAGGAGAAGUGGGCAACAAUUGGUUCACUGUACAAGCAGGAAUAUAAUGUUUCAUUUCCUCCCUUCCACUAUUUUGUGGAAUUUGUCAGCCAACAGGCUCAAAUUAAAAAUGAUCCAAGCUUCAAUUUUAUGUCCCACUCAGAAGUGCUUUCCAGAAAUGAAAAACCAGCUUGGAGGCCAAACAAACUACGUGAGGUCUCUGUUCAUAAAACAGAAAUAUUUCCAAAACACAACUUGAAUCCGAGUGAGUCCUCUAAGAAGUCCAGUGACUGGGACAAAGUAUGUCCGAUACAUAAAAAACCGCAUCCCCUUUAUAAAUGUCGUGCAUUUAGGGAAAAAUCUAUUGAAGACCGUAAAUUGUUCUUAAAGGAAAAUAAGGUCUGUUUCAAAUGCUGUGCUUCGUCAUCUCACCUAGCAAAGAACUGUAACUUCGAUGUGCGAUGUUAUGAAUGUAAGAGUGAUAAACACCACACAGUUCUUCAUCCCGGACCAGCACCUUAGAUUAAAUCCACAGCCACUUCCCCAGAGCAUGGCGGGGAGCAGGAUAUCCAAGAUCCUCAAGCUGACAAUGAGGACAUUCCCGAACUUGAAGUUGACAACAAAUGCACUGAGAUUUGUGGUGGAGAGGUAAUGGGCCGUUCCUGCUCCAAAAUAUCUCUCGUAAAAGUGUAUCAAGACGGUCACAAAGACACAGCCAUUAAGAUGUACGUCAUUAUGGAUGAGCAAAGUAAUAGAUCACUAGUUCGCUCAAAAUUCUUUGAAAUCUUCAAUGAUCAAAGUCCAAGUGCUCCGUACUCCUUGAAAACGUGUGCUGGAGUGAAGGAGACAGCAGGAAGACGGGCAAGUGGUUACAUCAUUGAGUCUUUGGAUGGGACUGUCAACAUUCCACUACCCAGUCUCAUAGAAUGUGAUGAUAUUCCAAAUAACAAAUGAAAUUCCAACUCCUAACAUGGCGCUUCAUCACCCUCAUCUCAAGUCAAUUGCACAUCUCAUCCCAGACAUUGAUUCACAAGCUGAAAUAAUGCUUCUGCUGGGUCGAGAUAUCAUCAGAGUUCAUAAAGCCCGCAAACAGAUCAACGGUCCACACAAUUUACCAUAUGCUCAGAAACUGGACUUGGGGUGGGUCAUUGUGGGCAAUGUUUGUCUAGGCAGUGUUCACAAACCACCAACAGUUGGCACCUUCUACACCAUCACUGCUGAAAGACCACGUCCUACUCUCUUCGAUCCAUGUCCUAAUGUGUUUCAUGUAAAAGAAAAGUACAGCAACGUGCAAGCCAUAAAUCUGCAAACACAAACGGGAAAUCAAUCAACCUGUGAUCUUGACCACUUAGGAUGUGGAGUGUUUAAACAGACUAAAGACGACAACAAAGUGGCCUUCUCCAUCCAGGAUGCCAUCUUUAUGGAAAUCAUGGAGAAAGGACUGAAAAAAGGCGCAGACAAUGGUUGGAUUGCCCCGUUACCGUUCAAGUGUCCACGUCAACGGUUGCCCAACAACAGGUCUCAAGCGUUGAACCGUCUUACGUCUCUCAAGAACAACUUUAAAAAGAAACCUGAAAUGAAAGACCACUUCAUCAGCUUCAUGGAGAAGAUGUUGAAAAAAGGUCGUGCAGAACUAGCCCCUCCAUUAAGUGACAGUGAAGAAUGCUGGUACUUGCCAAUAUUUGGUGUGUACCACCCAAGGAAACCAAAACAAAUAAGAGUUGUUUUCGAUUCCAGUGCUCAAUUCAAUGGCAUGUCACUCAACGAUGUGCUUUUGACUGGACCUGAUCUAAACAACAAAUUGCUCGGUGUACUCAUAAGGUUCAGGAAAGAAGCUGUUGCCUUUACAGCCGACAUAGAGCAAAUGUUCUAUUGUUUUUCUGUUCAAGAAGACUAUAGGAACUUCUUGCGUUUCUUGUGGUUCAAGGACAAUGAUCCAUCAAGCGACAUUUUGGAGUACCGGAUGACAGUCCACGUUUUUGGUAAUAGUCCAUCACCUGCAGUGGCCAUCCAUGGUCUCCAUCAAUCUGUCCAACUCAGUGAGCUUCAUGUUGACCCCGAUGUCAAAAGUUUUGUCAUGCGAGAUUUCUACGUCGAUGACGGUUUAAAGUCUUUGCCGACAGUCAAGGCUGCCAUCGAUCUGCUAAAGAGAACUCAGGAUGUUCUCUCCAAAUCCAACCUGCGACUACACAAAUUUACAGCAAACUGCAAAGAGGUCAUGGAAGCUUUUCCAGUUGAAGAUCAUGCAAAAGACCUUAAAGACAUAGACCUCAACGCAGACAUGUUGCCAAUGCAACGUAGUCUUGGAAUCAACUGGAACCUUCAGACUGAUUGUUUUCACUUCAGCGUCGAUGGAGAGAUCAAACCGUACACGCGGCGAGGUGUUCUAUCAACAAUUAACAGCCUUUAUGAUCCUCUGGGGUUUGUAGCACCAGUGAUCAUACAGGGCAAAGCUAUUUUGAGAGAACUCACCAUUGAGAAGGGUGAUUGGGACUCACCACUACCCCAACAAAUGGAAGAUGUGUGGAAGUCCUGGAGAGGAUCUUUGAAGGAACUGUCUCAACUCUCUAUACCCAGAACUUACACACCCAUCUCACCUUCAUCUGCUGUCAGAAGAGAGUUAUGUGUUUUUUCUGACGCUUCAACAAAGGCUAUAGCAGCUGUGGCAUAUUUGAAAGUCAUCGAUGCUGCAGGAGAUAGUCAUAUAGGAUUUGUAAUGGGCAAAGCAAAGUUGACUCCUCUUCCAGAGCAAACAAUUCCAAGGUUGGAACUCUGUGCUGCAGUGCUCGCGGUAGAGUUAGCAGACCUAAUCUCAGAAGAGCUCGACCUCCAGCUGGAUGCCACAACCUUUUAUACAGACAGCAAAGUAGUUUUGGGCUACAUUUCCAAUGAAACCAGGCGCUUCUACGUUUACGUAAGCAAUCGGGUGCUACGUAUUCGAAGGUCUUCACAUUCAAGUCAGUGGCACUACGUCUCAACAGAACAAAAUCCUGCUGAUCAUGCAACACGUUCUGUCCCUGCAGGCCAACUGAGUGCUACUAAUUGGUUCAGAGGACCCAAAAACUUGUGCGCAACAAAAAAUAACAUCGCAGAGAUCCACUAUGAUCUUGUAGACCCGAGUUCUGACCCAGAUGUACGUCCUCUGGUGUCCACUUUGAGUACCAUAGCAACAGUCAAGCUGCUUGGUUCACAACGAUUCUCAAGGUUCUCGUCUUGGAGGUCACUGAUUCGAGCUAUUACUCGACUUAUACAUAUAGCUCGUCUUUUCAACACAACUUUCAGAGGCAACAAAUUGUGUCAAGGUUGGCAUUAUUGCAAAUCAGAGUGCACGGUGGAAGAAUCUACACAAGCAGUACACGUGAUUAUGCAGACGGUGCAGCAUGAAACCUACAGCCAAGAGAUCCAGUGCAUCCAAAAACGUGAGAAAAUUCCUAAGAGCAGUCCUCUCAAAAACCUGGAUCCAUUCCUUGACAAGCACAACCUGUUGAGAGUUGGUGGCCGCCUCCACAAUGCAAACCUCGAUCAAGUUGAAAAGACUCCGUUGAUUGUUCCCGGUAAGCAUCAUGUUGCCGCCUUGCUUGUAAAACAUUACCAUGAACAAACUCAACACCAAGGCCAACUGUUUACGGAGGGAGCUGUCCGUACAGCAGGGUUUUGGAUAGUUGGUGGCAAGAGAAAGGUGAGCAGCAUCAUUUACCAGUGUGUGACCUGUCGAAGACUCAGAGCUCCUCUCACUGUUCAAAAAAUGGCCAAUCUACCUGCGGAUCGCCUCUCGACAGAUCCUCCCUUCACAAAUGUUGGAUUGGAUGUCUUCGGCCCUUGGAAUGUCUGUUCCCGUCGAACAAGAGGAGGUCUUUCACACAGCAAACGGUGGGCUGUCCUUUUUACAUGUAUGAGUGUCAGGGCAGUUCAUAUUGAGAUCAUAGAAUCUCUUGACACGUCCAGCUUUAUCAAUGCGUUAAGGCGCUUCCUUGCGGUUCGCGGUCCUGUGAAACACAUUCGUUCAGACCGCGGCACCAAUUUUGUCGGUGCUUGCAAAGACUUGAAGAUACCAUCAAACAUUGAUGGCACAACACUGAAAAACUACCUAUCAAACCAGGGUUGUUCUUGGAGCUUCAACCCUCCACAUGCAUCUCAUUUCGGCGGAGCAUGGGAACGGAUGAUAGGACUUGCAAGAAGGAUUUUGGACUCAAUGUUCCUGCGCUUGAAAGACAAACUUACCCACGAAGUGUUGGUUACAUUCAUGGCAGAAGUAGCAGCAAUCAUCAACAACAGACCUCUUGUUCCUGUGACAAGUGACUCUGAUGAUCCAUUCAUGCUUACACCAGCUGCACUUCUGACACAAAAGGUGAACUCUCUUCCAGCACCUCUUGGUGAGUUUGGAGCUUCAGAUCUCUACAAGUGCCAGUGGCGACAAGUCCAACACCUGUCAAACACAUUCUGGGACAGGUGGUGGAAACAAUUCCUCCCAACACUGCAACCACGCAAAAAAUGGCAGACCGUUCAUCAGGACAUCAAGCCAGGGAGUGUUGUUCUUCUCAAAGACAGUCAAACAGCAAGAAAUGAAUGGCCGCUUGGACUAAUAACAAAGACUUUCCCGAGUCAGGAUGGAAAAGUACGUCAAGCCGAGGUCAAGGUCAUCAAACCAGGAGGAUCAACGCUUUUCCUCAGGCCUGUCACUGAGAUCGUGCUUCUUGUUCCUUCAGAUGCAUAGCCAGAAUAUGUUAGUAUUAAGUGGCAUGUAAUCACAACAGGCGGGGAGUGUGCCGUUACCACUGUUAAAAAUGUUAAAAUGACUUUUACUUUACAUGUGAAUUGUCUUGUUUUGUAUUGUGUUACUGUCACUUUAAAUGAAGACAGGUUGUAGUACCAGAAAUGGCCUCUGACUUGCCAUGUGACCACAAAGUCAGGAAGUUAAGUGUCAUGUGACCAGAAAAAGUCAGGAAGUAUAACAAGCAUGGCAGCAGGACUUGUUAUUGUCUCCUCUGUCAAUCUAGUUGAGUCUGCAACCAUCUUAUGCUUUUGAUAGCAUCGUCGGGGGAAGUGUUCCAAGGCCAGCAUUGUCUCCUCAGCAUAUCCUGGCUCUGCAUUUUCCCAGUGCGACGUUACCAGAACACCUGACCAGGGAGGCAUCCAGCCAUACUAAUUAGAUGCCCGAGCCACCUCAUCUGGACCAUCCUGAUGUGAAAUUUCUUCUUGAUGAGCAUCUCUACUCUGAUCACAACCCAACUUGUAUAAUCGAAAUUCCAAGAAUUAACAAUUUGGUAAAAAGUCCCUGUUUACUGAAUGUUUAAAAGUAGAGUUUCACUUUGGAAAGGUGUCAUAAAAUCAAUCUCAGAUCAUCUGAACUAAAGCGCAUAAUUGGGAUUAUCAGCCGUGUCGAUUAUCGGCGCCGAUAUUUGGAAAUUUGAUGGAUAUCGGUAUAGGCUUUUUUUUUUUUAAUCCGAAUUGUCGAUAUGAAAAUAAAAAUAUCAUUGGUUAAUUGGUAAACGGAGCUACACUUGUAUUGCGCCUUUCCACCUUUUUAAGGCUCUCCAAGCACAUCUACCUACGAGAGUAACCUGGAGUUUAGUAUCUUGCUCAAGGAUACUUAAGCCUGAGUUAUGCUUCUGUGUUGCGGUGACGCCGAUGAGCAUUCGAGAGUUCUGCGGCAAAGGAACACGUUGCUCUGGAAUUCACCGCCAUGCCACUAGAGGGGUGUUGCGUUGUUUGUACGGUUUUGGGGGAGUUGUCAACUUCCUCAAAUUUUCUUCCAGUAACACAAAAUUGCCAACGGAGAAAAAAAAUAAAUAAUGCCAACGGAGAUGGAACGCAUGAAUGUGGAUCAUCACCUCAUCAACAUUGAACAACAAAUGUUGAUCAUACAAAUGUUUAGGCACAGGCGACGCAGAAGACUGGUUCAAAGGUGGUCUGUCCUAGCCUGGCUCUGCCAGACUAUUCUCCCUGUAUUUUUCAAACACUGAUAGUAUAGUCUGGAAACCAUCCCAUUAACGGCCUUUUCGAGCAGGUACAAAAUCAAUCGACAAAUCAGAUUCGUUUAUUUGCGUGACGUGUUCUUCACGAGCAACGUCACUCUUGCGCGUCGAAAGUCGUCUCUUCAGCAGCACAGAUGGUGAACGGCAGAGCCGAGAAUAUGUUCCAAUCCACAGUAAAAUCAGUUUUAAAUGACCAAAAACACAUCGACACGAGUCAUUGACAACAGUCUGUCUCGCGCUAGCCAUGUCGAAUAAACUCCGCUCUCUUCGUAUGUUUACUUCCGCGCGCAAGUCCAUCGUCCUGCGGUCACCAUUUUACUAACGUCACGUCUGCCCGUCGCUGAUUGGUCCACUCCGCUGUCUGUUUGCUGUGGCUUGCUCCGCCCUGGAAAUUUUUUCCGUAGGAAUGGUGGCCAGACUCAAUAGCUGGAACAGCGUUGAGUCUGGUGUACCAGGCUAGG